AUGUAUGGGUAUUCUACAGCUCCUCGAUCAAGCUUUGAGAUCCGUCGUCAGGAAUAUGAUUUCGGACAUCGUUCUGGCUUGGAGCCAAUCCCUAACCGACCGCAAGCAACUGUGCACAGUGUGAAUGCAGAAAGUACCUCUGCAAAUUCUCAAGCUACUAAUGAAGAAGAAUUUGAUUUCAGUUCUGCAUUUCAAGAGCAUAUUUAG